AUGAGUGGUUCGCCAAACCAUGAGGGCAAGCUGGACAGGAAGAGUGGAGACCGAGUAUUCAAUGAGCCAGCCUCAAGCCGCCCGAGUUUACAUUCAUUGCUUAAUGUUUUACAAACCCUCCAAAGGUGCAAAAGCAAAAGUCUUCGAAAAGACAACAUCAAAAACACAGUCAGUCUUAACGAAAUACCAUCGCUGCCCAAGAAACCAAAGGACGCACAUCUCGAGAUCUUGAACGCACUGGCGUUGAUCUUCGUUACAGCAAAAUCUGGAGACGCCGCCGCGGUGGCAACAAUAGUUAACCCUUCAGAUCUAGAACUUAUUUUAGCCAAAAACACCAUUCUCACCGACAAAGACCGGGAGUAUAUUGACGAACUGACAGAAAUUGUUAGAGAGACCACUCGGGAACCUCACAAAACUCAAACCACCAGGAAGGUCUUCCCCCGUAUACUUAUUGGGUGUCGAGACAAAAUUAUAGCCCGGAUGAUGAAGGUACAAGCCGAAAUCCGAUCAAAUCUGAGGCAUAUCAGUCAGAAUUGCCGCAAUGAUCUAGAAAGAUUCCCGAAUGGUGAAAAGUAUAGGGAACUCAUACAAGACAAGAUGCUUCAAAGCUGUUUCAACCUCCGUGACUUACCUUUAGACAAAUUACCCCCAUUGACGAAAGUUCUGCCCCAAAUGCUGGAGGGACUACUGGACUUCUCUCAGAACUGUGAAAUCAAGAACCUGCGAACGGUGGUGUGGGUAGGGUAUUGCUUAGGAAGUGAUACCCUUGUCGACCUUGUUGGCCCUGCGCUUGUCCGCGGGCUUAAAAAGCUGGGUGACUAUUAUCUAUCUGCACGACUUAUACUCUAUUAUGCGAGUAAACCGGCCUAUAAGUCUAGAAUUGAAGGGAUGAAGAUUAUUGACACCCUUCAAUACUGUGACCCGAUCGAAGAUAGAAAGUUUAAACCUCGUUUGAGGCCAGUAGAUUCUAGAUCUCAGUCACCGUCUCCCUCCAACCCCCAACCGGCUAUUCGACAACGUGACUAUUCUACCCAUAAUAGAGGUUAUGUCGUAGAAAAAAAAGAAGCCCUGCCGAUCACUGUUUUGGGCACCUUGAACGCAGUUGCCGGGGAAAUCGGAGUUUUCCCAAUCACCUGUAGUAAUAUCGUCGCAUCUUAUCCAGAAUUUGUGGACAACCCUUGGUAUUUUGGAGAAGGCGACCUGAGCGUGCACUAUCAAUGCAGAUUGGCUCAUUUUCUUACUAAAAGAUUUCCCAAUAAUCCAAAUUUUGAAAUUGGUGUCAGCAAAUCCUGUUGUUGGACUUGCGAUAAGUGGCUACAUGCGUACACAUCCGAGCUGGGGGCUACUUCCUCCCGCCUUACCACAUUCCACGAAAGUGGGAUACGCGACAAAGUCUACAGAAACUGGCUUUCCCCGGGAUCGGCCCGCUCGGAUUCUUCAACGUAUGAUGAAGUCUUUCAGCGGGUUAAAUAUGAGCUGUAUGCGAUAAAGCGUAGGGCUCGGAGUGACUCGCCGGAAUCAGCAAUUUUCGUCGGGGAUGGGACCGAAGACGGAGGCGAACUUGAUGAGAUCAUUCCUAUAAAGCUCAGUGAUGAUUGGCCCUAA